CGUUCAGUGGGUUUCUCUUCCACCUUUAAGUUCAUAAACACGCUCGGUCAAACUUUUAAAGGUAGUGUGCGACGACAUGUUUCCACAGGCUCAUCGACCAAACUUUAUGGGCUAAACGCAUUGCUUGAAGUAGGUGCGACAAGUGCGAACAUGUUAGCAUUGAAAGCAACGAAGCGUCAACGCUCUCGAGCCUCCCUUGGAAACUUUAUCGAAAGACUGCCAUAUGAGAUCCAGAAUAAGAUCCUGUCCUACUUGGAUGCUGGCACAAUAAUCUGCAUCAGCCACGUUAGUAAGACCUUCUAUCAACUUGCCAAUGAUGAGUUCUUAUGGAGGAAUAUAUACAAGCGGCAGCUGAUGAAGAUGGUUGGGGAGAUGCUGGAGAUGACCACUUUGGAGUCUCAGGAUCAACCUUCGGGUUACUGGAAGCUCAGUUAUUUGAAAGCCCUGAGUGCGUGGAAUCAGAGCAAGUGAAAGGCACGUUCAGUUAGCCGUCACAUGGGUUUGCCUCAGCACGCAGUUGAGAUACUUCGACAUGUAACCUGGGAGCUGACGGUCAUGGACAACUCCAAAAAAGAAGCCACAUACGAUCUGGCCUGGUUCCAGUUCUUUGAGACCUCCAUGGUACGGUGCUGGAACGGAAGCCUCUGGCCCGACUUGAAUCAAAUUUCCACCAUUCGGCUCCACGGCGUCCGCAGAGUUGCCCUUGCCUGCCCCGGACUCAAGAGUUUUCCGUGUGCUGACAAACCCGGUUGGAGAUCCCUCAUGGAUGUGGUGGACAUGGAGCGUGCGAUCAACAUGCAGGACUUCGGCCAGGACCACCAUGUUGAAUUGAAGCUGGUAAAGUCUGACAUGGUGGUGGGGCUUUGGAAGGAGCAAGGCAGCGUCGCCUUUGUCACAUUCACCCUCCACUUGUAUAGGCUGCUGGAGAGAAGUACCCAGGGAAGCUCUCUUAGUCCCCACGUGGAGCCCAUGGUCCAAGCCCCGUUUGAUGACAUCGACCUUGAUUACGGUCUCCAUGGUUACCAGCUCCACAUCGCUCUCCACAGCACUGAAUAUGAGAUUAUGUCUGGAGGUUUCCCUGAGUUAUUCUGCCGAAGAGAUGAGAUCUGCAACGGCCAUAUCCAACUCAUUGCCAUUUAUGACAGCCGUUUAUCACAGCAUGUAGCUUUGUCAGGAAAUGUCACCCUGCCCUGGAGGUGCAAGGCCCUGCGAGGUGAAGUAAAGAAUGACUGUAUUAUGAUUCUCACUCUUCUUGAUGAGGGCGACAAACCCUUUUGGUGCAUCAGCUCACCGGUUGCCACAAAGCAUCUUGAGAAGCCCUAUUCACUGUAUUAUGCCGCCCAACACUUCCAAAUCCACUAUCAGGAUUCUGAGGGUCAAGUGUUGAUGAAAUUUGGGCAGAUGGACCCGCAGGAACCGUUUUUCCUCGAGUUAUUAGUUUAUUUGACAACCGAUAAAGUCAACAAGCACUUCCAACAAGAAUUCUGAACAUGUAUUGUUUGAUAUUAAUUGGAUUGAAUUUAAAUCAUAUUCAGUUUUCUGAGUGAGGUUCAUGCUCGCCUUGGAAAAAAAAAAAUUCUCCAAUGUUGGGGCUGAUGAUUACAGACAAUAUAUAAUAUAAAUCUUUGAAAAAAAAUACAUGACGCUUUAUUAAAAGCAUCUCUGGCUAAUUUUUGUCCUCUGUGAAAGAGCAGACAGUCCUUUUAUUGGAAUCAAAUCAAGAAAUGCUUUUUGGAAUAUGUGCCUGUAAAUUAACAAGGUUCAAAAGCAUAACUUCUGAGCAUUGAUCACUCGGGAAGCCCCACCACUACAUCAAAUCAUCUCUCCAUUGUAAGGGCCAUUAAUGCAACACCCAUUAGCGAUGUUAGCCGUCAAUUUUCUUGGGCUAUCUUUAAUAUCCACUUAGCCAUAAGUGUCAAAAGUAAAUGGAAAUAUGUUGAGAAUUACUGGCAUCCGGCAAUUUAAUAUUAGGGCAUUAACUCGGAGAGCCGCCAAAUGACUUGAAAAUUGCAGAGUCAGUGUUUUUUGAACGGUGAUGUACUUUUGGUGACAUUUGUUUAUUUGAUUUAAGACGUGGCGGCUAUGUUGAACAUGUCAUCACAAUGUGUUGUGUAUUAUGAAUGGUAAUAUUUGUCACUCUGUAAACAUACUUUGAGCUGUACAUUGUGAUAAGAAGCUUCAUUGUCCAUCGUAAAAAAAAAACAUACAUAGAAUACCAUGCACAUAAAAUUAAUUGUAACAGUUUAAGCACUAUAGAAAAUGGACGGCUUGAAUCU